AAUAAAGUUUCUCCUCUGAGGAGGGAAGGAGAAGAGAGAGCGAAGGGGGAGAAAAAGAGCUCCAGCGCCGAGAGGAAAAGAGGGCGGGACCGCGCCGGGGAGCGGCUGGUCCGGCUUCGUAGGGCGCUCUGCCUUCGGGGGGCUCUCGCAGGAAUUUCCGCGGAUUUGAUGUAAUGUCCAAAUUCAGAAAUGCCUUAUGUGGAUCGUCAAAAUCGUAUUUGUGGUUUUCUAGACAUUGAAGAAAAUGAAAAUAGUGGAAAGUUUUUGCGGAGAUACUUCAUAUUGGACACAAGAGAAGAUAAUUUGGUAUGGUACAUGGAUAAUCCACAGAACCUUCCCUCUGGAUCUCCGCCAGUUGGAGCCAUUAAACUUACCUACAUUUCAAAGGUUAGUGAUGCAACUAAACUGAGGCCAAAGGCAGAAUUCUGCUUUGUCAUGAAUGCAGGGAUGAGGAAAUACUUCCUACAAGCCAAUGAUCAGCAAGACUUAGUUGAAUGGGUGAAUGUCCUGAACAAAGCUACCAAAAUCACAGUACCAAAGCAAACUGAUUCACAGUCUCACACUGAUAAUUCAACACGUCACACUGAAAAUGUGGGGUUAAAGAAGCAGAUGUCUUACAGGACAGAGAUUGUUGGUGGUGUUCCUAUAAUAACCCCUACUCAGAAAGAAGAGGUAAAUGAAUGUGGUGAAGGUGAUAAAAACUACUUGAAACGGUCCCAAAGCCACCUUCCUUAUUUUUCUGCUAAGCACCCCCCAGAUAAUGCUGUGAUUAAAGCUGGCUACUGUGUUAAACAAGGAGCAGUGAUGAAGAACUGGAAAAGAAGGUAUUUCCAGCUGGAUGAAAACACGAUAGGAUACUUUAAAUCUGAACUGAUGAAAGAUGUCAAAUUGUAUGGUUUCAGAAAAAGAAAGCAAUGUAAUUCAUCAUAUUACUCAAACUACAAGCAAGCAAGCAAUGAUAAGGAGCCCCUUCGGAUUAUACCACUGAAAGAGGUUCAUAAGGUCCAGGAAUGUAAACAAAGUGAUAUAAUGAUGAGAGACAAUCUAUUUGAAAUUGUAACAACUUCUCGAACGUUUUAUGUACAGGCAGAUAGCCCAGAAGACAUGCACAGCUGGAUCAAAGCAAUUUCUGGUGCAAUAGUAGCACAGCGAGGACCUGGAAGAUCAGCAGCUUCUGAACAUUCCAACUGUUCUUCAGAAUCCACCUGUCCUGCAAAAACAGCAGCAGCCACCUCACAUUCCACAACCACUCACAACCCCCCUUUGGUCCAAACCCUUAACACCAAGCCCCUUGUCUUGGAGAAGCGAAGACUUCACGAAUCUUUUACCAAGACCAAGCCAGGGAGCUUCAAGAUCCAGGCUGUCCCUUCAAGAGACCCAGCUUCCAAAGUGACUCUACAGGGCCUAAUGGAACCUCAAAAUAAAAAUGGCACUCAGGAACAGGAUCCUGGCCCAGUGGAUCUGGAUGAUGCAAGCCUUCCAGUCAGUGAUGUGUAAUAAUGGGAAGAGUUUGGAGAGUGAUGCAUUUGCUUUUGGUCCUUGAAUUUCCUUGCUCAGACUUUUAGCCAAAGAUGACUAUGGGAUGAAAGAACAAAGAAUGGAAUGUUGCUUAUAUGUGUGUGCUUACAUUCAAAUUUGUGUAUGUUUAAAUUGUCAUAUGCUGCCUUGUACUGAUUAUCAGAGCGGACCUUUUGCUUCUACCGCAGUCUGAUGAUAAAUCUUUUUAAAGUGAGGGGCCAAAACAAAUGAUUAAAUAUUACUGUUGUCAAUAAGCAAGAUACCAGCUGCUUUUCAUCACCCAUAUGGCAAAACUGAGUAGUAUCUUUGUGCUUUAAUAAAAGAAAUGUCAACAUGUGACUUACUUAUACUCUAAUUCAGGCUAUUGACAAGCAAGUUGACUUACUUUCUUAAAACACUGGCACAGCCUUUCAGAUAUUUUAAUAUAUGUAUGCAGAGUUGUUUCUUAUAGGAUCAACACUGUAGAAACUUACAAAAAUACGCAGAGCUUGAUAUAAUGUACUUUUCCUAUGCACAGAGUCUUCAUGUAAAAAACAACACUAUAAUUCUGCUGUGUCUGAAAUGAAGUGUAUUUUCCCUACCAUGAUGAUACAGAUUUGGCAGCUGCUGCAUGAUCUGCAUUCUUAUGGCACAAAUACCACCUGCACUGUAUUUUAGACAUUGCAUACAAGUGUGUUAACUUACAUGAAAUGAGUGUCUCUAUGUGUGAGAAAAGCAUUCCUAAAGGUGAGGGGCACAGAGCACUUACACCAAUAAAAGUGUGCUGACUUUAUUGGAACAACUUCUUUGUAACUGCUCUGUGAAUCACUGCCCUUCUAUAGAAUUCAAUCCCCUUAGAAUUCCUGGUAUUUGGUGCUGUGAAACUAAUUAAAGAGUAAUACAGCUAUUUUGAAUAUUAAGCCUAUUUUUAUGCACUCCUAAAGGUAAAUUGUAAUUUUUGCACAUUUGGAUAUUAAUGGACCACCAAUAAAUAAGGGUGUUGUGGGGUUUUUUAAGUAGGGAGAAGGGAAACUGGACUACUAAAUAAAUCUUUUACAGGUUUAACUAAAAGUAUUUUAUAUUAAGCUUCUCAGAAAUUAAAAGUUUAAAACUAUUGUCUUAAGAUUUUCCCCCUCCUGUAUGCUCCUUUACCCCAAGUGUGGUAUUAAAUGGUUCCCAUUUUAUAUUUGGGUUAGUAAAGUCUAAACAAACUUGUUUCAUGCUGUUAACUGGUACUGAGUUGUUCAAUCAUGCAAUUGUGGCCUGUAACUUUUGGUGCACUAAAUUUAUUAAAAGUGCCUGUGGGUUCUUCUUUCAUGAUGUGUUAAAUGUUUGGGGGUUAAUUGGAUGCUGAAUUUUGCUUUUGUGGUUUUGAACCUUAUUUUGUGUAGUGUAGUUCACAACAUGUAUAAAAAAAUGAUACGCCAGCAUUGCCAGCAUACUGGUAUCUAUUAGCUGUGCAUUGUGUUUUUUAAACUUUUCAGGGUUUCAGUGAUGAAAAUAAUGGGUUUAAGACACUGAUGUUGGAUAUUUUGAUCAGAAUGAGCAUGCACUAUUUUGUAGUUAGGUUGUGAAAUUAUUUGCUUUAAUCAACAAAAGCCCCAAAGUUUCACAUGAUGCUGCUUAAUGCAAUUCAGUUUCCAGUUUGUAGUACUCUAGUUUUUUUAAACCUUGCGUGUGUGAGAGAGAGAUGCUUGACAAAGCAUG